UUUGAGUAAAGCACGCGAACGCGAAUCUUGUUAAAAUUUAGCAGUGGCAACAUACUUUUCCUCGGCAACUUACUUUUCCGUUCGUCGUUCUAAACGUUAACUCUCCCGAAAGAUAAAAUGUGGUCUGACGAAUGCUGGGAUGACGAUAUCUCCCCGUCGUCGCAGCCCUUGGCAAGUAGCGUUCCUCAACGCGAUACGCGUCCUCGAGGUUUCGAUUCAACGGACCGAAACUCUGUCACAAUACCGCUUCGCAGGGCUAUUGUUCCGAAAGUGAUUGGAAGAGGUGGAGCUACAAUACGACAAUUACGAGAACAAACUGGUGCUCGGAUCGUUGUUGAUUCGUCGACGGACAGUGACGGGACCGUCCGCAUAUCCGGAACACCUAGCGAAAUAGAAGCAGCCCGCGAACGUGUGAACGACAUAAUAAAUGGCUCAAGAGUAGGAUCCGGAAAUCAACAUAAUGAGCAUUAUCGUUCUCGUCCAAAGGCUGAUUAUGGUAGUUACGAUCGUUUUUCUGAAAACCGUUAUGGGAACGAUUCAAGCGAUAGCUGGAAUCAAUCGAGAAGCCGCAGGGAAGAUGGAGGACGUCAUCAUCAUCAAGAAAGACGGGAACAGAGUUCGACGACGGCAAGCAGAGGUAACGAUGACAAGGACUUUGAGCUAAUCGACUGGGACGCACUGAAUAAGGCAUCAGACGAAGCUUCGCGCGAAAAAUGGUCCAAGUGUCCUCCGCUGGUGAAGAUGUUUUAUCGAGAGCACGAUGAAGUAGCAAAGCUAACAGCAGAGACGGUGGCAGCCUUUCGCGAGGCCAACAACAACAUCGUGGUCGACCGUACAUUCAAAAACACAGCCGAAGAACAGUCACCGAUCCCGAAUCCAGUUGGCGAGUUUUACCAUGCGUUUGGCGAUUAUCCAGAUUUGAUGGAUGAAUUAAAAAAACAAAAGUUCCUAAAGCCUACACCGAUCCAGACACAAGCUUGGCCAGUUUUGUUGCGCGGCGAAGAUCUGAUAGGAAUUGCACAGACAGGCACAGGCAAAACAUUGGCCUUCCUUUUACCUGCUUUUAUACACAUCGAAGGGCAACCAGUCUCUCGGGCGAAACGCGGAGGUCCGAACGUGCUAGUCCUAGCACCCACGAGAGAACUCGCCCUACAAAUCGAAAAAGAAGUGGCCAAGUAUCAGUUUCGCAACAUCAAAGCCGUUUGCCUCUAUGGUGGCGGCGAUCGUCGAGCACAAGUGGGUGCUGUUCAACGCGGAGUGGAGAUCCUGAUUGCAACGCCCGGCCGCCUGAAUGAUCUUGUGGAGGCUGGCAUAGUUAACGUGUCGAGCAUCACAUAUCUGGUUUUGGACGAAGCCGAUCGAAUGCUCGAUAUGGGCUUCGAACCCCAGAUUCGCAAGGUUUUGCUAGACAUCAGGCCUGAUCGACAAACUGUGAUGACCAGCGCUACGUGGCCCGAUGGUGUUCGAAGGUUAGCGCAAAGUUACAUGCAUGACCCGAUACAAGUGUACAUUGGGUCGCUUGAUCUAGCUGCCACUCACACGGUUACCCAACUGAUUGAAGUUAUGGAUGAAGAGGACAAGUACCACCGCAUAAUUGAGUUUGUGACGCACAUGCAACCGAAGGAUAAGGUAAUCAUAUUUUGUGGCAAAAAGUCCCGCGCCGACGACCUUUCUUCGGAAUUCGUGCUGGCCAACAUAGCUUGUCAGUCGAUUCAUGGUGAUCGCGAACAAUCCGAUCGUGAGCAAGCACUAGAGGACAUUAAACGGGGCUAUGUAAACAUUUUAAUCGCAACGGAUGUAGCGUCGCGUGGGCUUGAUAUCGAAGAUGUAACGCACGUGAUAAACUAUGAUUUUCCGCGCAACAUUGAGGAGUAUGUGCAUCGUGUGGGGCGAACUGGCCGUGCUGGAAGGACGGGUAUAUCGCUUAGUUUCCUCACCCGUUCUAACUGGUCGGUAGCAGCGGAGCUGAUAAAAAUUCUGGAAGAAGCCAGCCAAGAGGUUCCGGCCGAAAUUCGUGACAUGGCGGAGCGGUUUGCCGCAAAAAAGGAUCGUGAUGACCGUACCCGUAGAGGAGGUGGCCUAGGUUACAGAGGAGGCGGUGGCGGUGGCCGAUACAGUGGCAACACUCGACGCUGGUAGUUUUCUUUUUAAUUUAAUUUCUUUCCAUGCGGAUUUCGGUCUUUACGCAAAACAUGUUUUUCCAUUUUUUCCCUUCAAUUAUAUAAACGUUAUGAAACAAAACAUCAAACAUUUAAAUUAAAUGUUUGCUUUGACCCUCAAGAGACAGGCUAACCUGUAUUCGACGGAGAAUUUAUUAUAAAAACAGAAUUAGCAUCGUCACUUUAUUGUUAAAUUUGACAUGAUGCCUUAAGAAAUAUGACAGUACGAGAAUAAGAAUUUCUAUAACUAGUUUCAACAAUCGAUUUACCUGCACUAUGGUUGUGUUUAUUAUUUUCAUCCAUUUCUUUUCAAAACAAGCUUUUUGUGUCAAAUUAUUCAAAUGAAAUACCAAAUUACGAGUUGUCGGAUAAUAAAACAUUCCACAUAUCCAACAGUUAUGAACCUAUAUGUGGCAGAAGGAGAGCUAUCUGAAUCCGUAUAUAUCAAUGUUGUUAUGCUGGCUCUGUGGAAGUUAUAAAUUAAGUUUGAAUUGAAUUUUAUUCUGUACCCGAAGAAGUCGU